AUGGAUUCUCACCGAGAGCUAAUUGAAGCCGAAGACAAUGAGUUGAGAGUUGUCAGAGCAUCAUCGGAUUCACCUCUUUGGCUGAUUAGCAUCUGUGACCUAAAAUCAUGGGUCGACUUCGACGCCAUCGAUAUAUACCUACGCUGCCUAUCAGUGCUUCAGGAAAAAAGACCACGACGUAGUCAGGACUGCGCAUUCAUCCCAUCGAUAUUUACGCAAAUCAUGGAAGUCCAUCUCAGCGAUUUGCUAACUUAUGGAGCUGGCAACCAUAAGGAUCGACAAGACAUCAUCAAGAAUGCCAAAUUGAAUGAAAUGCUUAUAGAGUUAAUCGAGGGCCGAGAUAGAUCGAAGCCUCUAUGGAAGUAUAAAGUGCUAUACAUCCCACUCAGCGCGAGGGGCCAGCACUGGUUCCUGGCCGUUGUUAAUACCAAGAAGAAAGAUGUCAGUGUUGGAUCUAAAAACUGGGAGAAGGCAUGGAAUUCGAAGACAGUCAGUGACAGACCGGGGCAAGACAACUCGGAUGAUUGUGGCGUAUUCAUGCUGAAAUAUAUAGACUUCUUGAGCAACAUGCGCAAAAUUGACUUCACGAAGGAGGACAUUCCUAAGUUUCGAAAGACAAUUGCACACGACUAUCUGUAG